GUCUUUCGGCACAAGGGCUCAGUCCAGUAUUUUCGCUUUCUCGCAACCCCCAAGAGCAGUAUCAUGGCGGAGGCUGAGGCCGUGUACCGCUACGAGUCCGGAAACAUCGCACAUGCCCCCAAGAAGGAUUACGGGCCUUUAGACUUCACUGGGAAACUUUGUGGAGGCCUGCGACUCGACAUCCGCAGGCGGGCGCCGUUGUAUUGCAGUGAUUGGACGGAUGCCUUCACACCGGAGAACUUCCAAAAAUCGGUAUCGUCCAUCUUGUAUCU